AACUAUUGUCAAUAUAUAGCAUGUGUUGGUGUUUUGGGUGGUGUUUCGGUGACUCCAUCGAAGACUAUCCGCGCGAAACGGGUUGUCUAGAGAGGGGACAGACGUUGAAGAAGACCUUUUCGGGCAAAACGAUUAAUUCAAAUAUACAGAAAUCGUUUGAUCCAAAAGAGGUUGAAAAGUGUGUUUUGCUCAAAACGCCUGGACUUCUAGGAGGGCCAGUCUUUCAGCGACCACUCAGUCAUUUCAGUCAAAUCACAGACACUUUGUUUCUGACCAGUUUUGGUGGUCUGACUGAACAUAAUAUCUCACAAAAUGGCAUUCAUUGCAUUAUUAGUGCCACUUAUGAGACUCCUGUGAUUGCUGUCAAUGGCAUUGAAUUUAUAAGAAUUCCGGUCGAAGACAAUGUCAAUGAAAAUAUUUAUAAAUAUUUUGAUGAGAUAUCAGAGAAAGUAAACCAAUUGAUUGCGAGUAAGAAGAAGACAGUUAUCCAUUGUUGGGCCGGAAAGUGCAGAUCCACUACAAUACUCAUCGCGUGUUUAAUGAAAUGUCAAAAUAUGCCGUUGACUGAGGCCUACAAAUUUGUAUGGAGUAAACGGCCGUUCAUUCGCAUUAAUAAAGGCUUUUUAAAACAGCUAUACGUCUACGAAAAGGAUGUGUUUGACAAGAAUUUUGAAGAAUUUAAUAAAAUUAAAUCCUUAAAUAAUUUCGAGACUCCGCCCAAAGAAGUGUUACUCAAAUUUUCAGAACCCAAACCGAUUGGCACUAAAAACAAACCCAUUUAAGAAAUCAAAAUUUAUAACUUAUAUAACCAUAAAUUGUUUUCAUUAGUAGACAAACACAGAUUCAAUUCCCAUUAUAACGUUGUUUAUAAAAAAAAUAAAU